UCAGAACCAACCAAACCAACUCCAUCGCCUCAGAAUGAACACCUUCGUUGCCGUUUUCGUGGCCCUCUUCGCCGUGGCCUGCGCAGCCCCCCAGCAAUCCGGAACGACCCCGGUGCCGAUCGUGAGCGAGAGUUCGGACAUCCAGCCCGAUGGUAGCUUCAAGUACGCGUUCAAGUCCGGUGACGGGAUCGAAGUUCAGAACGAAGGAGCCCUCAAGCAGGUCCAGGUGGCCAAGGCUGACGGAACGGGAACCGAAACCGUUCAAGCUCUGGUUCAAACUGGAUCCUUCUCGUACCCGGCGCCCGAUGGCCAGCAGAUCAAGCUGACCUACACCGCCGACGAGACCGGAUUCCACCCGCAGGGAGCUCAUCUGCCGGUGGCCCCAGUUGAUCCCAACAAUCCUCAAUAAGCUGCUGUAGGUUCGGAGAUUCGACUGUGGUUAUUGUAAAUAAAUGGCUGAAUAUAUUUUGGUUCUAAAGUGUG